UGUUUGUGUUCGUGUACGACUCACCCAGGGAGAUGUAGCACAGACGAAACAAAGUCGCGUGAUCAAAAGUACGUGUAAUGCAGUUUACAAAGAAGCAAUCAUGUUCCUGGUGAAAACAAAAUCUGCCGAUUUACAGGAUACCGGAAUCAUUAUUUCACUUGCAAUGGAUAAAUCGGAGCAGGAGCAGUGGAAGAACACUGUCGAAAAUACUGGAAAAGAAUUUAAAGGUGUGCACCAUCUAAAAGCACCUGCCCAGGCUCCUGAUGUUCAUGUGACCGAAGCUCCAUCUGACUCGGAGUAAUC